AUGAUGGCAAACUCGAUCUUAGAUCUCGUUGCUGACAACGCUCCGAUGACUCCUGGUCGCAUUAUGGAGCUUCUUUGGGCAGAUGCUGCCUCCCACCUUCCACAGACUGAUGGUGAAGUCCUUCUGCCUCGCAACGUUGUUGAUAACAUGCUUGGCGCUGGCCAUCUCAAUGCAAUGGCUAUUCGUCUGGCAUCUAUGCUCAACAGGAAGGUUGACAUCGUUGUGGAUGAAUCCAUCAAUGCCUACCGCAUGAUCCCUAAGGAAAUCAAGGCCGAGAAUGACGAGGACCUGUGGGCUGAUGAGCAUGAUCUUGAGGUCGAUGAGCACCUUUUGAUCACCAACCACAACCUGGUCAAGAACGCAAAUCCCGGUGUCUCUAACAACGAAAUUUCUCGUAUCCUUGGCGCCCGCUGGAACAAUGAAAGCCCCGAAGUUCGCAUGCAGUUCACCCGCCUGGCUGAUGAUUUGAAGCGUGAACACGCUAUCAAGCACCCUGACUAUCAGUAUGCCCCUCGUCGUCCUUCCGAUCGCAAACGCCGCGCUCCUCGUAUCCGUACCAGCAACGGUGAACGCUACAACUUCAAUGUCCCCAAUGACGGAUCUUUGAUCGAAGUCGAUGACAUUUUCAUGUCCGACCUGAGCAACGAAGGUCUUCUCUUCGGUCCCAAUGGUGUUGAGCCACUUUCUGCCCCUUACAGCCACGGCGAGUGCAUUCAGAUGAGCGGUGAACUGGCUUCCGGUAACAGCCUUGCUUCCAUGCAAUACACCACCAUACCAUUCGAAUCUGCCAACUCGGACAUUCUCAUGCCCACCGUGUUCUAA